AUGCAGCGGCACAGGGGCCGCCCGCCUUGCGACCGGCACCGCCCUCGCCCCGGCCCCAUCCCCUCGGCAAGGAAUGCACAGCGGAGGCUCAAGCACGACAAGCCCAGCCGGAAGGGAAACCGCACAGGGCAGCGGGUGGCACGGGAGGCGGGCGGGCAUCGGCGGGAGGGCUGGCAGGAGCGAGGCCGCGCUCCCCGCCCUCCCGCCGGCGCUCCCUGCCGUGUGCCGGGGGGGGCAGCGCUGCGGGUCCUGGCCGUCCUGGGCUCUCGUGGUUCACCCCGUGGGUGCUGCCUGGGACAGUUCCUUUCAGAGCAACUCCCCCAGCAGUGCCUGCACUGGUUCCUCACUCUGCCCUGGUGCCUUGCAGGGAAAGAUGCCCCAAAAGGGCCUCUGCUCUUUGAUGAUCUGCCACCCUCCAGCAGUGCUGACUCAGGAAAAGAAGGCUCUUUGCUCUUUGAUGGUCUCCCACCAGCCAGCAGUGGUGACCCAGCCUCCAGUGCUACUAAGCAAGUCUCAUCAGCAGAGAGCCAAGAGAAAGGACAGAAGAGAAAGUCCUUGGAGGAGGAGGAAGAGAAGAAUGGCAGGGAAGAACUUGUGGAAAAGAAAGUUUGUAAAGGAUCAGUGGGCAUUCUUGGCCUGAAGGGUUAUGUGGCAGAGAGGAAAGGUGAGAGAGAAGACAUGCAGGAUGCACACGUCAUCUUGAACGACAUCACCGAGGAGUGCCGGCCUCUGCCCUCCCAAAUCACACGUGUCUCAUACUUCGCUGUUUUUGAUGGCCACGGGGGAGUCCGAGCCUCCAAAUUUGCAGCACAGAAUCUGCACCAAAACCUGAUAAAGAAAUUUCCUAAAGGUGAGGUAGCCAGUGUGGAAAAAACUGUGAAGAGAUGCCUUUUGGACACCUUCAAACACACAGAUGAGGAGUUCCUAAAGCAGGCAUCCAGCCAGAAGCCAGCGUGGAAGGAUGGCUCCACAGCUACUUGUGUCUUAGCUGUUGACAAUAUUCUCUACAUAGCCAACCUCGGGGACAGCCGGGCCAUUCUGUGUCGUUACAAUGAGGAGAGUCAGAAGCACACAGCCCUGAGCCUCAGCAAGGAGCACAACCCCACCCAGUACGAGGAGAGGAUGCGGAUACAGAAAGCUGGGGGAAACGUCAGGGACGGGAGAGUCCUGGGAGUGCUGGAGGUUUCCCGCUCCAUUGGGGAUGGCCAGUACAAGCGCUGUGGUGUGAUCUCUGUGCCAGAUAUCAAACGCUGCCAGCUCACACACAAUGACAGGUUCAUUCUGAUAGCAUGUGAUGGCCUCUUCAAAGUCUUUACACCAGAAGAAGCUGUGAACUUCAUUGUGUCCUGCCUGGAGGACAAGACCAUGCAGAUGAGGGAGGGGAAGCUGGAGGCGGACGCGCGCUACGAGGCGGCGUGUAACCGGCUGGCCAGCAAGGCCGUGCAGCGCGGCUCGGCCGACAAUGUCACCGUCAUGCUGGUGCGCGUGGGGCGCUGAGCGGCCGCGGCGGGCACGCCGUGUGUGGGCUCUGCAGUGUAAAUAAAGAUGGGCUUUUUCUAACAGGUUAGCUC